ACAGGAAGUGCUGGGAACGACGUCACUGGGAAGCCUGGCUCCGAGAAGCUGAGAGCUCUUCCUGGAGGGGAAAGUGGCCUUCGGGCCGGGUGAUGGUAAUGUGGUGUAGAAGCCUGAGCCAUUCGCCUCACGUUGGCGGCCGCCUCCACAGGGAAGCUCGCUCCGCCCCGCCCUCCUCGCUCUCACCCUGCCUCAUAGGGUCCGGCGCGCUUCCGCUGAUUGGGCGCCGAACGUCGACUUCCCAGCAGCCCCCGCGCCGUCUCCGUGGCGACGAGGUUAAACAACCGCGCCCGCGGAGGCUGCGAGCUCUUGGCUGACUGAUGCGCGGCCAAGCGUCGCCAGCUGGGGACCUGUAAAGCUUGGAUGCCCAACUGCUUCUGUGAAUGAACAAGCCAGUUUUAUCUUGUUUGGAGCAAUGCUGAAAUUCCACGAGACUGCUAAGUGUGUGAGCGGACCCACAGCCAUUUCCAUGUACCCAGCCACUUUGAUUGCAAGAAGAUAUGUUCUUCAUCAGAAACUUGGCAGUGGGAGCUUUGGAACUGUCUAUCUGGUGUCAGACAAGAAAGCCAAGCCUGGAGAGGAACUAAAGGUACUGAAGGAAGUGUCUGUUGGAGAAUUAAAUCCAAAUGAAACUGUACAGGCUAAUGUGGAAGCUCAGCUCCUCUCCAGGCUAAACCAUCCGGCCAUUGUCAGAUUCCACGCAAGCUUCGUGGAGCAGGAGACUUUUUGCAUUAUCACGGAAUACUGUGAGGGCCGAGAUCUUGACUAUAAAAUUCAGGAAUAUAAAGAAGCUGGAAAAAUCUUUCCUGAAAAUCAGACAGUAGAAUGGUUUACCCAGUUGUUGCUUGGAGUUGAUUACAUGCAUGAGAGGAGAAUACUUCAUCGAGACUUGAAAUCAAAGAAUAUCUUUCUGAAAAAUAAUCUACUCAAAAUCGGGGAUUUUGGAGUUUCUCGGCUGCUAAUGGGUUCCUGUGAGCUGGCUACAACUCUAACCGGUACCCCCCAUUAUAUGAGUCCGGAGGCCCUGAAGCACCAAGGCUAUGAUGCCAAGUCUGACAUCUGGUCACUGGCAUGCAUUUUAUAUGAGAUGUGUUGCAUGGAUCAUGCGUUUGCUGGCUCCAGUUUCUUGUCUGUGGUCUUGAAUAUUGUUGAAGGCAACACACCUUCACUCCCUGACAGAUAUCCACAAGAACUGAACACCAUCAUGGGACGCAUGCUGAACAAGAGUCCUGCAUUGAGACCGUCAGCUGCAGAAAUUUUAAAAGCCCCUUACAUGGAAGAGCAGCUUCAGCUCCUGAUGUGUAAAUAUCCAGAGAUGAUACUGGAAGACAAGAACUCAGUUUGUCAGAAGGAGGCUGCUCAUACAAUUAAUGUCAUAAAGAUUGCUGAAGAAAAAUAUAAAGAAAAUAACAAACGGAUGCAAGACCUGGGAUCCCAGAGCUUUGGGUCCGUGAGUGCCGACGUGCUCCAUGAAUUAGAUGGACAGACUUCAGAGAGCCUGCCUGAGCCUCAGUCCCUUCUAUGCCUGGACCUCAAUGAACUUGAGCCACGUUUAGAGGACACCAUCGUUGACCUCAGACAUUAUGUUUGGCAAAGUUCAGCCUAUGACCAGUUGUUUCUGUUGUGGUUUGGGACCCAUGAGAUCCCAGAAGACCCACUUGUUGCUGAGCAAUAUUAUGCUGAUGUAUUUGAUUCCUGCUCUGAAGACAGUGAGGAGCAGGAGGAAGAAAUGGUGUUCUCAGAAGCAGGGGGAGAAAUGAGAGAGGAGGAGUCCCCAUCUGUGUACAGAACAAACCAACAGGACAGUGACACUGCUGCUCUGAUUGGCUGUUUGGAACAUGUCCUGGGUGACACCUCUCUAGACACAAAGACCAUUACCAAUGCAGUGGCAGAUAUGUCUCCUGGACCAAUGGUUUUCAACAGUGCAGUGGCUAGGACCAAGAUGAAGCGCAUGAAGGAAUCAGCUGUACAGAAGCUGGGAAUGGAAACAUUUGAGGAGGUCUACUGUUACCUCAAGAGAGCAAGGCAUCGGAAUGCUGGAGAAGCAGAGAUCUGCGAGCAUCUGGAGACGGUGGUUCCUCGGGCCAGUGACUGCUUUGAAGUUGACCAGCUCCUCUAUUUUGAGGAGCUGCUGUUGAGCACAGACGGAAAGGAACCCACUCUGCAGAACCUGUACUGUGAAGCUGCCCCAAAGAAGCCUGUCAAGGGCACACACUUCUGUGAAAAUCCAUGAAGUUUACACUCUGGACUGUUUCAUGAGAAACUAGGACAUAACUGGAGCCACCACCUUCCCUUUGGCUCCUGGGCAGAAGUAAGGAUAUCUAUGGCGAGGGCAGCACUCAGUUGGCUGCCGGAGCAUAGAGUCACAGGUCAAGGUCAUAGAGGAAGUCUGGCAUCCUGAAAGGCUUUCCCUCAGGUAUACAGCCCUCAGGGUUUCCAAUAGGGCAGGAGCACUCUGAAGACACAGGCGCUCUGUACUGUGUCCAUCCAGGGCAAAACCAGCGCCUCACCAGGAACUAUGGCCACCUUGCUUUUGAUAGCCGCUGGACACCAGCCAGGACAAUGGCCUGUCCAUCUCCAAUGUUGUAUUUUUGAUCAACACUUUUUUUCUCUGUGUAACUACAUGCAAGCAGUACAUGAACCUAAGGGCCUGGAUUGAAAAUCCCAAAGCACCUCCCUUCUGUGAUUUAUUCCCAGCACUCACUCAUGGAGCAUUAAAGGCUUUAUUCAGAGUAAAUGAUGA